AAGACUCAGGUCGAGCACGCGCUUAAACCAACGGAACCUGACCAACCUCCUAGGCCAGACACACGACCUAGCUCCCACCUACCGUAUCCCUCCUCCCUCCUCCCUCCUUCCUCCUCACCUUAUCCAACCCCAUCCCGCCCCUCUCCUUCCCAGUUCCCUCCCCUUUAUCCUUCCCUACCCUUCCUUUCUCUCCCUCCCUUCCCUAAAUAACCUACCCUAAUUUUACCCUGCCACACCCCAAAACCCUCAACCCCCUCGAAAGCAUCAGCAGCCUCCUGGCUCCACCCACAACCUCUAGCCCCCUCCUAACAGCUUCCUCUUCCCAGGCCAGAACGGCGUCUUCCAGUUCCCCACGGGAUGAAGCGGAAGUGCGUCAUGUCGAGGCGCCAAGGCGCUCGUUUGGCGCGCGCGCCCUAGGCGGCGGAUCUAAGCUAACUUCUUGGUUCUUUUCUUGUUUCUCCUUGGCUUUUGACUUUUUCUGGACCCUGGUGUCUACGAUUUCCGAGAUGCCGUCUUCUUUGUUGGGCGCGGCGAUGCCGGCCUCUACAUCUGCCGCAGCCCUGCAGGAAGCUCUGGAAAAUGCUGGACGGCUCAUCGACCGUCAGUUGCAAGAGGACCGCAUGUACCCGGACCUUUCCGAGCUGCUUAUGGUGUCUGCCCCAAGUGAGUGAUAGUGACCCUGCUUUCUCAACUUAAAGGACUCUCGCCUGACUUCCUAAUUUGCUACUUAUCCCCAGCGUUGGUCCCGGCGAGGAUAUGCUGAGAUUUAUGGCACUGUUGGCUGCAUUUUUGGAGAACAGCAAGCAGCUUAUUUUCAGAUAAUCCCACCGUUUCUGGCAUGUCAGAUAUGGAUUAUCCUUUACAAGGACCUGGUUUGCUGUCCGUACCCAACCUUCCAGAGAUCAGUUCCAUCCGAAGAGUUCCUCUCCCCCCUGAACUUGUUGAGCAGUUUGGACAUAUGCAGUGUAAUUGCAUGAUGGGUGUGUUCCCUCCUAUCAGCAGAGCUUGGCUCACAAUUGACAGUGAUAUAUUCAUGUGGAACUAUGAGGAUGGAGGAGACCUUGCCUAUUUUGAUGGACUUAGUGAGACUAUUCUUGCUGUGGGGCUUGUGAAGCCAAAAGCAGGCAUCUUUCAACCUCAUGUGCGACACCUCCUGGUUUUGGCGACCCCUGUAGACAUAGUAAUUCUUGGACUCAGCUAUGCUAAUUUGCAAACAGGUUCUGGAGUUCUUAAUGAUAGUUUGUCUAGUGGAAUGCAGUUGCUUCCAGAUCCUUUAUAUUCUCUUCCUACUGAUAAUACUUACCUUUUAACAAUAACUUCCACUGAUAAUGGCAGAAUUUUCUUGGCUGGAAAGGAUGGCUGUUUAUAUGAAGUAGCCUACCAGGCUGAAGCAGGGUGGUUUAGCCAAAGAUGUAGGAAAAUAAACCACUCAAAGAGCUCACUUUCUUUCCUUGUUCCUUCCUUGCUACAAUUCACGUUCUCAGAAGAUGAUCCUAUUCUUCAAAUUGCAAUUGAUAAUUCUAGAAAUAUUUUAUAUACACGAUCUGAGAAAGGAGUAAUACAGGUGUAUGAUUUGGGACAAGAUGGACAAGGAAUGAGCAGAGUUGCCUCUGUGUCACAGAAUGCCGUUGUCUCUGCUGCUGGUAACAUUGCUAGGACCAUCGAUCGUUCUGUUUUUAAACCAAUUGUCCAAAUAGCAGUGAUUGAAAAUUCUGAAUCACUGGACUGUCAGUUAUUGGCUGUCACACAUGCAGGUGUUAGGUUAUAUUUUAGCACUUGUCCAUUCAGACAGCCAUUAGCACGGCCUAAUACACUGACGCUGGUUCAUGUCCGCUUACCUCCUGGAUUCUCAGCAUCUUCAACCGUAGAAAAGCCUUCAAAAGUACAUAGAGCUCUUUAUAGUAAAGGUAUUCUAUUGAUGGCAGCCUCAGAAAAUGAGGAUAAUGAUAUUUUAUGGUGUGUCAACCAUGAUACUUUUCCUUUCCAAAAGCCAAUGAUGGAAACCCAGAUGACAGCCCGUGUUGAUGGUCAUUCCUGGGCUCUUUCUGCGAUAGAUGAAUUGAAAGUAGAUAAAAUAAUUACACCUUUAAACAAGGAUCAUAUUCCAAUAACUGAUUCACCAGUUGUUGUACAGCAGCACAUGUUACCUCCGAAGAAAUUUGUUCUCCUCUCAGCACAGGGGAGCCUUAUGUUUCAUAAACUUAGACCUGUAGAUCAACUGAGGCAUCUACUUGUGAGUAAUGUGGGAGGAGAUGGAGAAGAGAUUGAAAGAUUCUUUAAAUUACAUCAGGAAGACCAGGCUUGUGCAACUUGCCUUAUUCUUGCUUGCUCCACUGCUGCCUGUGAUAGAGAAGUAUCUGCCUGGGCUACUCGGGCUUUCUUUAGGUAUGGUGGUGAAGCACAGAUGAGAUUUCCAACCACUCUUCCGCCUCCAAGUAAUGUUGGUCCCAUCUUGGGGUCUCCUGUCUAUUCUAGUUCUCCUGUUCCUAGUGGUAGUCCCUAUCCAAAUCCAUCCUUUUUGGGAACACCGUCUCAUGGUAUACAGCCUCCUGCCAUGUCAACUCCAGUGUGUGCUCUGGGAAACCCAGCAACUCAGGCCACAAAUAUGAGUUGUGUGACUGGACCAGAGAUUGUGUACUCUGGAAAACACAAUGGUAUUUGCAUUUACUUUUCUCGGAUCAUGGGAAACAUUUGGGACGCAAGCUUAGUUGUGGAGAGAAUAUUCAAGAGUGGCAACAGAGAGAUCACUGCAAUUGAAAGUAGUGUUCCCUGCCAACUGCUAGAGUCAGUGCUACAAGAACUAAAGGGUUUGCAGGAAUUUCUAGACAGAAACUCCCAGUUUGCAGGAGGACCAUUAGGAAAUCCAAAUACUACUGCUAAAGUGCAGCAGAGGCUGAUAGGAUUCAUGCGUCCUGAAAACGGAAAUCCCCAGCAAAUGCAACAGGAACUGCAGAGGAAGUUUCAUGAGGCUCAACUAAGUGAAAAGAUUUCACUUCAGGCAAUUCAGCAGUUGGUUCGAAAAUCAUAUCAGUCUCUGGCUUUAUGGAAACUUCUUUGUGAACAUCAAUUCACUGUCAUUGUGGCAGAACUUCAGAAGGAACUUCAAGAGCAGCUGAAGAUCACCACCUUUAAAGAUCUUGUAAUCAGGGACAAAGAACUCACAGGGGCAUUAAUUGCUUCUCUUAUCAACUGCUACAUCAGAGAUAAUGCCGCUGUUGAUGGCAUUAGUUUACAUUUACAGGAUAUCUGCCCACUUCUAUAUAGCACUGAUGAUGCAAUUUGUUCUAAGGCAAAUGAGCUUCUCCAGCGUUCCCGACAAGUUCAAAAUAAGACUGAAAAAGAAAGAAUGUUAAGGGAAUCAUUAAAGGAAUAUCAAAAAAUUAGCAAUCAAGUGGACCUUUCCAAUGUUUGUGCUCAGUAUAGACAAGUGAGAUUUUAUGAGGGUGUGGUGGAACUUUCUCUUACGGCUGCAGAGAAAAAAGAUCCUCAAGGUCUUGGGCUUCAUUUCUAUAAACAUGGAGAACCAGAAGAAGACAUAGUUGGACUUCAGGCCUUCCAAGAAAGAUUAAACAGUUACAAAUGCAUUACAGACACACUUCAAGAACUGGUAAAUCAAAGUAAGGCCGCUCCUCAGUCUCCCAGUGUACCCAAAAAACCUGGUCCUCCAGUGUUGUCAUCUGAUCCAAAUAUGCUGAGUAAUGAAGAAGCAGGACAUCACUUUGAACAAAUGCUUAAAUUGUCACAGCGAUCCAAGGAUGAGCUCUUUAGUAUUGCCCUUUAUAAUUGGCUAAUACAAGCCGACCUUGCAGAUAAGCUGCUACAGGUUGCUUCUCCAUUUCUGGAGCCACAUCUAGUCCGAAUGGCCAAAGUUGAUCAAAACAGAGUUCGUUAUAUGGAUUUACUCUGGCGGUAUUACGAGAAGAACAGAAGUUUCAGUAAUGCUGCUCGUGUACUGUCCAGACUGGCUGACAUGCAUAGCACAGAAAUUUCACUUCAGCAGCGACUAGAGUACAUUGCUCGAGCCAUUCUUAGUGCCAAAAGUUCCACUGCCAUUUCAUCAAUAGCUGCCGAUGGUGAAUUUCUUCAUGAAUUAGAAGAAAAAAUGGAGGUUGCUAGGAUCCAACUUCAGAUACAGGAGACACUACAAAGGCAGUAUUCCCAUCAUUCUUCUGUACAGGAUGCAGUUUCUCAGCUGGAUUCUGAGCUGAUGGACAUAACUAAGCUUUAUGGGGAAUUUGCUGACCCAUUUAAACUUGCAGAGUGCAAACUUGCAAUAAUUCAUUGUGCCGGUUAUUCAGACCCUAUAUUGGUGCAGACACUUUGGCAAGAUAUCAUAGAGAAAGAAUUGAGUGACAGUGUGACAUUGAGCUCCUCGGAUAGAAUGCAUGCUCUUAGUCUCAAGAUUGUUCUCCUUGGCAAAAUUUAUGCUGGCACACCACGCUUCUUUCCUUUAGAUUUUAUUGUACAGUUUUUAGAACAGCAGGUUUGUACUUUGAACUGGGAUGUGGGCUUCGUAAUACAGACAAUGAAUGAAAUUGGAGUACCAUUACCUAGACUACUAGAAGUUUAUGAUCAGUUGUUCAAAUCACGGGAUCCAUUCUGGAACAGAAUGAAGAAGCCACUGCACCUUUUGGAUUGUAUACAUGUAUUAUUGACAAGAUAUGUUGAGAAUCCCAGCCAAGUUUUAAAUUGUGAAAGGAGAAGAUUUACAAAUCUCUGCCUGGAUGCUGUUUGUGGUUACCUUGUUGAGCUCCAGUCUAUGAGCUCGUCAGUAGCAGUACAAGCCAUCACUGGGAAUUUUAAAUCUCUUCAAGCUAAAUUAGAACGGCUUCAUUAAUUACUGUGAUAUACUUUCAUCCAUUUUAUGAUCUAUAAAAUAAAAACUCAGCUGGGUCCAGA